UUAGAGAAGCAUCAAUUUUGGGGGACACAAGAUUUGGAGAAUACUUUGUUCGUCUUACUAAAAGGGGGAAGUGAGAUGGAGGAAGACGAGAUCGCAAAACCAGCGAAACCAAAAGCCAAGAAAGACACUGCGCCAGGGAGGUUAAUCGAUACUUAUGCUGCACAAUGCGAAAACUGUCACAAGUGGAGGGUCAUUGAUAGCCAAGAGGAGUAUGAGGAUAUCAGAAGUAAAAUGCUUGAGGACCCUUUUAACUGUCAGAAGAAACAGGGCAUGUCCUGUGAAGAGCCUGCUGAUCUUGACUAUGACUCCUCAAGGACUUGGGUCAUCGACAAGCCUGGUCUCCCCAAAACGCCUCAAGGUUUCAGGAGGAGCCUAGUUCUCAGAAAAGACUACUCUAAGAUGGAUACCUACUAUUUUACUCCAACCGGGAAGAAGCUAAGGAGUCGCAAUGAAAUCGCAGCCUUUGUUGAAGCCAAUCCGGAAUUCAAGAACGCACCCCUCGGAGACUUCAAUUUUACUGUCCCCAAGGUCAUGGAAGAUACUGUUCCUCCUGUUCCUAAGCUUGGCUCUCCGAUUUCUACCACUACUACAGAGAAGAGCAGUUUCAAGCAGAUCCAAGACUAAUAUGUUCUCCGUGUAUCCCAAUUUGUUCCCUUUUUCUAUGUUCCUUCUGAUAAUCCCUAAAACAAUGCUUCUUGAGUAUGUGUAGAUUUGAUGCUCUCUAAAACUGUUAUGAAAACAUCUCUAAACUCAAUUUCAAACUAAAAUGUUAAAUA